AUGGCUGACCAAGUUGAGUCGGUGGAAAGUAGCAGCGGUGAUGUCAACGCCAAUGCCAAGGUGGAGGUUGAUGGCCCUGUCGUGGAUGCCGGCAGCAAUGGCCAUGCAGUGGCAGUAGAUGAGAUGACAUCAAAGGAUUACUACUUUGAUUCAUAUGCACAUUUCGGCAUUCAUGAGGAGAUGCUGAAGGAUGAAGUGCGUACACUGACAUACAGAAAUGCCAUGUACUACAACAAGCAUCUGUUUAAGGACAAGGUUGUGCUGGACGUCGGCUGUGGCACCGGGAUUCUCUGUAUGUUUGCUGCCAAAGCUGGAGCCUCCAGGGUUAUAGGGAUUGAAUGUUCCAGUAUUAUUGAUUAUGCAGAGAAGAUCGUCAGUGCCAACAAACUUGACAAAGUGAUCUCAUUAGUGAGGGGUAAAGUGGAGGAGGUCAGCCUGCCCCCAGACAUUGAGAAAGUGGACAUCAUCAUCUCCGAGUGGAUGGGCUACUGCUUGUUCUACGAGUCCAUGCUGAACACAGUGAUAUUUGCCAGGGAUAAGUGGCUGAAACCUGGUGGCCUGAUUUUCCCUGACCGGGCGACUCUUUAUGUGACAGCCAUUGAGGACAGGCAGUACAAGGACGAGAAGAUCAACUGGUGGGACAAUGUGUAUGGGUUUGACAUGAGCUGUAUACGUGACGUGGCCAUCAGAGAACCUCUUGUAGAUGUUGUUGACCCCAAACAGGUGGUCACCAAUUCUUUUUUAGUCAAGGAAGUUGAUAUUUACACUGUCAAGGAGGAUGACAUAGCUUUCACAGCUCCAUUCCGCCUGACGUGUCGACGCAAUGACUACCUGCAUGCUCUGGUCACCUUCUUCAACAUGGAAUUUACCAAGUGUCACAAGCGUACUGGGUUCUCCACGUCUCCUGAUGCCCCGUACACCCACUGGAAACAGACAGUCUUCUACCUGGGAGAGAAUGAUCUGACCGUCAAGAAAGGAGAAGAAGUCGACGGGGUCAUUACCAUGAACCCCAACAAACAGAACAAUAGAGACCUGGACUUCACCAUCAGUAUUGACUUCCACGGAGAGCUGUCUGAAGCGUGCUGUUCUCUCAACUACAAGAUGAGGUAG